UACAUUAAGAAUCGGCUACUUUCGGCUGUCUGCUAAAUACGAAAGUAGAUUCCUUUGGUGGGAUUUCCAAUCUGAUAUCAGUAAAAACACCUCAUUUAUUUGGCAAAAUGUCAUUAGCACUGAAGAGAAUCACCAGAAUAGCAUGUAUUUCUUUUGACUAUGGGGCACGAAUCAUCAAAAGUGAAGGGAAGUAAAUCUGUACCAGAUUUACGAGCGGAGAUUCCACCAACUCGGAACUAUUUUGCAGCUGCUUUUGAAGAACCAGAAAGAACUCCACCCACCAAGAAACGUCAUCGUCAUAAAAAUAAGAUGUUUUCUGAUCGCAAGAAACUGACCUUGGGGAAAGGUCGCAUUAAUGUCUGUGUAAUCAAGGGAGAUCUUACACAGGAAAAGGUGGAUGUAAUAGUAUGUACUGCCAACAAGCCUCUUGACCUCAGUAAAGGUCGCGCCUCGAGGACCAUUUUAGAGGCAGCUGGAGACGGCAUGGCAGAUGAGGUAAAGGCUUCGUACCCAGAUGGUAUCGAUUAUGGGGAGGUUGCUGUUGUAAGCUCUGGGAAUCUAGCCUGCAAGAAAGUGUACUUUGUUGCCCUGCCCGUGGCUGGGACCGGGGUGUUAGAUGAUAACAAGAUGCUUCACAACACUGUGACCAUGUGUCUAGAAAUGGCAGAUCAAAGCAGGUUCGAAUCCUUGUCCAUCCCCGCACUGGGCACGGGCCUUCUGAAGUACACCACUGCAAUGGUUGCCAUGGAAACAAUACAGAGUGUAGAAGACUUCAGCAACAGUAACCCUGGCACCAGCGUCAAAUAUGUCAAUGUUGUUGUGUACUAUCAAGAUGACGACUCCUUUACGGCUUUUGAGGAGGAAGCACGUGGUCGCGCUGGACGACCAAUAAACCACAAUGGGGUUGUGUCUUCAUCUGGGCCCGUAUUACCCCCGAGGGCAUAUGCAGGGGUCAGGUCUAUCAUGAGGGGUAUCAACUACAGUGGUCCACAAAAGGAUGGUUGCCUAGGAAACAUCAGUGUUAAAGUAGUGACUGGCACACUGGCAAAAUUCAAAGCUGAUGUCCUAGUGAGCAACUGUGGCAAGGAUUUGAAACUAAAGAAUGGAGCCCUGGCGGAGUCCCUGCUUGAGGCCGCAGGAUCUCAACUGCAGGAUGAAUGUGAUCAGAACUACCCAAACGGUAUCCGGCAGGGAGACGUGGCAGUGACCAGCGGGUAUAAUCUAGAUUGUGAAUACGUGUUUCAUGGUUCUCUACCAAACUGGGACAACAAAGGUCUAACGGCUAAAAAGGCACUAUGUCGCUUCAUCGAUAAUUGUCUGAAAGAGGCAGAGCAACGGUCUCUAAGCACGAUGGGGAUUCCCGCUCUUGGGACUGGUUCGAUGAAAUUUCCUGCCAAGGUGAGCGCAGAGCAGACGUUUCAAUGCAUCAGUAAGUUUGUGAACAACUACCCGCAGGGAACCAGCCUCAAGUGUAUCACUAUUAUCGUGUAUGACAGGGCGGCAGACUGUACAUUGGUGAAACAGGCAUUUGAUGAAGCAUUACAACAAACUUUGCAAGAAAAUGUCGAUGAUGAUGAUGCGGGCGACAUAGCCGAUGUUGAGCAGAAGAUGCAAAUGAAGCUUCUUAUGACUGCUGCAAAGAACUCCCUCGAGCGCACAUGUGGGGCAGACCCAGGAACAGAAGAAUGGUUCAAGUUCAUGUACAAGUCCGAGCCAUGUUCUCCAAGCUACUGGACUACGUUCCACAGCAGAAAGACCCUGAAGGACUGGGGCCUUGAGGCCAAAAAGAGGCCCUUUAUUCGUUUGCCUAUUCAAGGUCAAGACUUUCAGGAUGUAGUGAAACUUGUGCAGGACACUUGGGAUGCUCAGCAUGUGGGUCACGGGCGCGAUGCCCAGGGUCUGGGUGGGCUGAACUACACCAAGGUGAAGGUCACAAAAGUUGAACGAAUAGAAAAUUAUGAACUUUUUCAUAAAUAUGCAGUUAAGAGACAGGAAUUGUUUAAAAAAGCAUUAAAUACAGGCAGGCCAUUUAAGUCUGUAGAAACCUUGAAAGGGUCAAAGGGAAAAGUAUUAACAACUAGCAAGAUAGGAAAUAACUCGGUGCUAGCUAACGAGGUGUAUCAUGAAGUAAACGAACAUUAUAUGUUUCAUGGGACAGAUGUGGUGGAUAAAAUAGUGGAACAGGGUCUUGAUUGUAGACUGGCUGGUCAGACUGCCAUGUUUGGACAGGGUGUCUACUGCGCGGAAAGUUCAACUAAAUCAGAUCAAUAUGCAGAUCCAAAAGGUAUGCGGUCACUAACCGACAGGAAGAUGCUGCUGGUGAGGACCUGUUUAGGAGAACCGUUCGUCACUUCCAGCGCAAAGUCAUAUGCGCGACCCCCCUGCAAGUCCUGCUUAGAGGACAAGUGCCACUGUUCCAACAACCAGUUCUAUGACUCAGUCAUUGGAGAUGGGUCGUGGAAUUUCCGUGAAUUUAUCGUAUACAACAUGACUGAUGUAUAUCCAGAGUAUAUUGUCACUUAUAAUCGCGUUUAGUGGCAAUGCAAUUGUAAUUUGUUUUAUUACUGUCUAAGUUUCUUAAGAUGUACCUUAUUUUGUAUGGAAUAUUAAGUAAAUAGUAUUAAGUAAUGCUUUAUUAACACUUCCUUGAACGUUAAGGUAUUUCUGAAUUAAUUUGUGUGUGUGUUUUUCGAUUGCCAUUUUUGCCAUUAUAUUUAUGAAAUAUUUUGUGUUGGUUUUGGUGAAUCAAGAAAAAUGUCAUUAUUUCAGAAAUAUUUGUCACAUUUCAUGUCAUUUUACACAAUAAGCAUGUUUUCAAUGCUUAAGGAAAUAUCAUAGGGACAAUUGUAUGUUCAUUUGAAAUGGACCUACUGACUUGCCCACCAAAUAAAUUGUUCCAAAAUCUGUGAAAUUAUUUACAUUUACCGAAAUUUGAUGGACUCAAGUCAGUGUUUUGUUACUUGGAAAAUUAGCUUAAUCGCCUUGACUUAGAAUGCAGGUUAUACUUAUGUAAGGAAUUUGUGCCGUUAUAGCAACAUAACAUUAACCUGGCACUUAGGAACUUUGUUAGCCUAAAUUAUACACCAUGCUAUUUCAUGUAUUUGCAUGUGAUGUUGUUCAUGCACGUUUUGCACGAGUUUUUUGAGGCCAUACAUACAUUAUUCUAGUGGGUAUGCUUCAAUCAAAUUAAACUACUUCCUAGUCAUUCAUAAAGAUAAGCGCCAGAUUAAGAAGAGCGAGCUCUCCAAAUGUCAUCAUUAAUGUCCUUUUAUUUUCCAAUUGUCCUUCGCUUUAAUAAAAAUGCCACUAAAAUUUGUGUCAACUCUCAACUCAUUUUACUGCCAGUUGUAUUUCACUCAAACUUUCUCACCUAUCAAACCUUCAUAUGCAUGUAAGACAAUGACCGAUUUUUUUACUCUUUAUUUUUUUUGUCCUUCAUGAAUAUGUAUUUUGUUUAUAUAUUUUUUUAGAAAAAAAAAGGUGUUCUCUGUUUAAACGUGUCAAGGGACGUUAUUUUAUGUGGAACACCAAGUUUUAAAGGUUCGAAUAUUCACGUUGAAACGUGAAUUCAACUACAGGUACACGCAGUACUAUGAGGACUUGAAGGACUAUAAGCAUAAUAUUUUGUCAAAAAUAAAUUAUUCUAUAUGAAGUUGUGUGCCAUAGUUUCAUGUCUAUAUUUGUCUUGGCUCUUAUGGCAUUGUUAUCCACCACAUGUUUAAAUGACAUUAUGAAUAUUUAUGGAUAUGUAUUCAGAUGACUUGGUUUGUAUUUGGAAUGUACUUCAUGUUUCUGUAGAAUUGGUCACCAUGCGCAUUGGAAUUGCAGCUGAAGUCUGGUCCACUCCAGUCACUUGUUCUGGUUUUUUAAACUUCAAACUUCAUAAAGAUUUAUUUUAUAUGUGUUUUAUCAUUUCAAAUGAUAAAGUAAUGCCUUAAACAAUCGAGUAAACUGUAACUUUGCAUUGUUUUUAUUGGUUUUUGUUUGCUUGGUUUUCAUUCACGAACAUACGUUAUUGUUGUUGUUUUUUUCUGUUUUUUUUUGUGUUAAAGUAAAAUUUCUAAGCACUCUCAAUAUACAUCAUUCCUCUAUCCUAUUCUGAGUGAUUGUUUACAUCAAUUUUGAGUUUGUCUUCUGUAUUGUUCUUUACAUGUUUUAUACAAAAGUGAAACAUUUGUUAAAAUUAAAUGCUUCUGCCAUUGAGCUGUACGUUCGUCUGUCCGGCUGCUUAAAAUUUUACCAUUUGUGUCUCUUUAACUGCGGCACAUAAGUUUGAUUUAUGCUAUGUAACAUGUUUUCUAUAGGUUGUUAAUUCAUGUUAUGUAUCAUUUAUCUUAUUUCUUGUAGGAAGUUGAUUCAUUUUAUUGAAAAUAUUAUCUAUAGGCAGUUGAUUUACGCAAUAUAUGUAUUUUUUAUAUAAUAUAUAAAUAUAUAUAUGCACUUGAUCAUAAAUAAUAAUGAAGUAAUAUUUUAUAUACAAACGAAUUAUAUCUGUAUUGAAUGUGUGUUUCGCUUCAAUUUGGUGAGUGUUUUUUUACCAAGCAUGUUUAUGUAUAAUUCCUAAAAUGACAAAUACAUUUAAACGAUACAUCAGCCUGUUUGCCUUGUCUUAAGCAUACGAAUUGUAAACUAGCCGUUAUUAUAAAUAAAAAAAUAAAUAAAAUAAUGAUAA